AUGACAAUAAUAAAACAGGAUGAAUUUCAAGAUAUCAAUCUCUCAGUAAUUGAUAAUGAUUCUGUUGAAGAUUCAUUAACAGCACAUACACAAGUGGAACAACUGACUGGUGAUAAUCAAUACUUUUGUGAUACAUGUCAAAGAAAAGUGGAUGCAUUGAAGGUGACACGUUUUGAAGAACUUCCACCGAUUUUAACACUCUCCCUUUCACGGUUUUAUUUUGAUGCAGAAAUAAUGCAAUCAGUAAAAUUAGAAAAAUUAUGCAGUUUCCCGUUUAUCUUGGAUAUGACAAAUUUUUUAAGUCGAAAACCUAAACAGAAAUUAAAAUAUGAAUUAUUUUCCGUUGUAAUUCAUGUUGGCGGUAGUACCGGAGGUGGACAUUAUCAUGCAUUUAUUAAAGAUCCAUAUGGUACAACAUCUACAGGUGAAAGAGACAGUCAAUCGGCAAGUAAUUUUUAA